AUGUGGUUCUCGUUUCCUUUUAUAAAAUAAUAAGAUAGACUACACUAGUGAUUAAACUAAAAAUAUUCGGGUAGAUGCAAAUACAAGACUGUGAUAAAGGCGAAUGCAAACGUUAAAUUGACUAUGUUUAUUUGAACAAAAUGGAUAUUACAGAAAGAUUUAAAUUGCAUAAAUUAAUAGUUCUAAGGACAAUAGGCAAGGGCACGUAUGGAAAUGUUUACUUAUGUGAAAAAAGAAAUAAAAAGUCGCUAGCUGUAGUAAAGGAUAUUGAACUGAAUACGAAAUUACAAAACCAUAAUAAGGAAAUCGCCAACGAAAUUAAAAUUUUAGCAACAAUGAAUCAUCCCAAUAUAAUAAAAUUUUAUAAUUGUUAUUACGAAGAAAAACACGUUAUGAUUUGUAUGGAAUAUGCGACGAAAGGAAACUUAGCGGAAUAUAUGUUUGAACGAUGUCCCAAUUUAAUAAAACAGACGGAGAUUUUAUUUUAUUUUAGUCAAGUCCUUUUGGGAGUACGCUACAUACACAAUCUGGAUAUAAUCCACAGAGAUUUGAAAGCGGAAAAUAUCUUAUUAACAGGAACUCAUGGUGUGAUUGUUAAAAUUGGAGACUUCGGAAUUUCAAAAAUGUUAGCUAGUGCAAAGAAAACUUCAACUGUGAUUGGUACUCCUUAUUAUCUAGCACCAGAACUUUGCGAGGGUAAGCCAUACGACUCCAAAAGCGACGUGUGGGCGCUCGGGUGUCUGUUAUAUGAAAUGUGUACACAUAAGCGGGCCUUUGACUCAGAGUCACUAGUGGGGUUGGUGAAAGUGAUAACAAGUGGUAACGUCCAUCCAAUUGAUAUGACAGUGUAUGAUAGAGGACUCCAAGACCUGAUAGACUCAAUGCUUUCUGUAAUUCCGGAUAAGCGGUCGACGAUAAAGGAACUAUUAGGCAGACCCAUCCUUCUACCUACAGUCUACACAGUUUAUUUGGAUGCUGGAAAUGAUGAAUUGUUGUAUGCGAAAUUUUGUAAAUGUUUUUAAAUCUAUUUUUAAUGACUAAUAAAAUGAAAUAAAAAGUUUA